GGUCAUGGGAAAGGGCUGUCUCAGGUUUGAUCCUGGCUGCGAAGUAGGAAGCGCGGGCGUCGUGCGCUGCUGGAAAGCUGAUUCGGCCAAGGGCAAGCCUCGAGAGAAGCCAGCAGUUCGAACAAGGGGAUGUAAUGGCAGGGAGUUAAAAGCUGCUUUUCACAACCUGCAGGAUUUCAGCGCCUUCCUCCAAAGAAUGGCCAUCCACUGUGGACGGAGACUGCUGUUACACGUGCGACUUUGCCAGCCGACGGAUCUGAGACCGGCGCUUUUGUCAACGGCCCCCGAAGACUGGAAACCACUAGUAGAUGGAAGGAAGGAACCCGGAAAAAAGAGAUGGAAGCAAAAGAAACCGAGGCAGUGGCACAGCUCCUGGGGCCAGGAUUCUUCCUGGGAGGAGAGGUUGUCCAUUGCAGCUACUCCACUGUCCGGACUCCCGUAUAAAGAGCAAUUGAAGGUGAAAUACGAGAAACUGAAGGCGGUUUUGCAAGCUCUGGAGUCUCGCCUUAAGGAGCUUGGCGCAGAUCCCACAAAGGUCAUCCAGACCGAGGAUGUGAUGUGCUGCCCACUGCGGCCGGUCAUUCCCUCACCCAUUGUCAACGGCUACAGAAACAAAUCUACAUUUUCUGUAAACCGGGGACCCGACGGAAACCCCAAAACUGUGGGGCUUUAUGUAGGAACUGGCAAAGGCAGGGAUAUUGUUUGCGUGCGGGCCAACCACUUGUUGAACAUGCCACCAACGCACCUCCAGGUAGCCCAGUGCUAUGAGGAGUUUCUCCGCCAAUCCUCCCUGGAUCCCUGCCUUCUGUUUCACACGGGUGGCCACUGGCGAGAGGUCAUUGUGCGAACCAACAGGAAAGGAGACACCAUGGCUAUCAUUACUUUCCACCCACAGCAUCUAAGCCACGAGGAACUUUGCACUCAGAAAGAAUUGGUCAAGGACUUCUUCAUUCAUGGGCCUGGAGCAGUCUGUGCUCUGACCUCCCUGUAUUUCCAGGAAAGCACCAUGACUCGCUCUCCCCAUGAGCAGUCCCCCUACCAGCUCCUCCAUGGAGAACCACAUAUUUUUGAAGAGAUCCGAGGCCUGAAAUUCCGAAUCUCCCCAGAUGCCUUCUUCCAAGUCAAUACAGCUGGGGCGGAGGUUUUGUACCAGACCAUUGGGGAACUGAGUGGUGCGGACAGGAGCACUGUUCUCCUUGAUAUCUGCUGUGGAACUGGUGCAAUUGGUCUUUCUCUGGCUGACCGAGUCUCCAAAGUCAUUGGUGUUGAGGUGGUGGACCAGGCGGUAGAAGAUGCCAGGUGGAAUGCCGCGUUCAAUGGAAUCUCCAACUGUGAAUUUCAUGCUGGGAAGGCGGAAGUUGUCCUGCCUCAGUUCCUGACGUCGUGGCCAGAUGGCCAGCCUCUUGCUGCGGUGGUGAAUCCAUCUAGACCUGGACUUCAUUACCGUGUGGUGAGAGCUAUUCGUAACUGUGAGGCCAUCCGAAGGUUGGUGUAUGUUUCCUGCAAGCCAGACGGAGAAGCCAUGAGGAACUUUCUUGAGUUUUGCUGCCCACCAGACACCAGGAAGAAGCUUACAGGAGAACCGUUUGCUCCUGUUUGGGCUGUCCCUGUAGAUCUCUUUCCUCACACAGCCCACUGCGAAGUGGUCUUGCUUUUUGCCCGCUGAUUCAUUUCCUCCUGCAAGAUGGCGCUCGGAGCUGUUUGAGAGCACAAGGCGGUGAUGCAGCCUGAAUGGAUGGAGUUGGCGAAAUUGGCCCUUUAACAGCAAUGUAAACUCUGGGAGGAAAGAAAACACAAGACGAAAAAUAAAAGGCCUUUAUGUGUACUGGAA